AUGUUUGAGCACGUUGCCGGUGGAAACGGUCACAGAUUGGUGAAGGUUGAACGGACGGUGCUGGUUAGCCACGAGACUUACAUCCUUACCCAAUUAAUGGAGCAUGGUCCUUACGUCUAUGACUGGAGGCCUUUUGAACUUGUCACACUUCUUUCGCAAGCUGCUGACAUUUUCGAAGGAGAAGCUACGAUGCUCACGCUGAGGACUCCCAUAGCGAUUAUUGGAGAUAUUAGAGGGCAGUACCAAGAUUUGCAUCGAUGGCUUUAUAUAACUGGUUUUCCGCCUCGACAAAAAAUAUUGUUUCUUGGAGGUGUGAUCGAUUCCGAAGACCCAGGAUCGCUUGACUGUCUUGCGUUCAUUGCUGCUAUGAAGGUAGGCUUUUUCGACUCAGAAGCUUUCAUUGCAACUGGAUUGGUCCGAUUUCCACACGAUGUAUUUUACAUCAGAGGAAUGGGUGAGAUGCUACCAAUUCAAUUUCAACCUCGUUUUCGUAGACGUAAUGACUCAGCUGUUCAGUCCGCAGCUACUCGGCUCUGUAACAACCUUCCCUUGAUGGCACGAAUUUCAAAUCAGAUUCUCGCCGUCUACAGUGGCCUUUCACAUGAGGUAUAA